AUGCCUCAAGCAGCUGGACCCCGCGCCUCUGCUGAAGCAACUGCCAAACAUACCUCUGCAGAAUCGGCUGGCCCCCGCGCCUCAGCUGAAGCAACUGCCAGCCAUACCUCUGCAGAAGCGGCCGCCGGCCCCCGCGCCUCUAAAGCAACUGCCAAACAUACCUCUGCAGUAGCGGCUGGCCCCCGCGCCUCAGCUGAAGCAACUGCCAGCCAUACCUCUGCAGUAGCGGCUGGCCCCCGCGCCUCAGCUGAAGCAACUGCCAGCCAUACCUCUGCAGUAGCGGCUGGCCCCCGCGCCUCAGCUGAAGCAACUGCCAAACAUACCUCUGCAGUAGCGCCUGGCCCCCGCGCCUCUGCUGAAGCAACUGCCAAACAAAGCUCUGCAGAAGCGGCCGCCGGCCCCCGCGCCUCUGCUGAAGCAACUGCCAGCCAUACCUCUGCAGAAGCGGCUGGCCCCCGCGCCUCAGCUGAAGCAACUGCCAAACAUACCUCUGCAGUAGCGGCCACCGGCCCCCGCGCCUCUGAAGCAACUGCCAAACAUACCUCUGCAGUAGCGGCUGGCCCCGCGCCUCAGCUGAAGCAACUGCCAGCCAUACCUCUGCAGAAGCAGCUGGACCCCGCGCCUCUGCUGAAGCAACUGCCAAACAUACCUCUGCAGUAG